UCAUAUUGAUGCUUUCAGAAAAUGAAUUUACUUCAUUCAAACAUUUGAGAUAAAAAAGUUGAUUAUCAUUUAUUAUUAUUUCUUAUUAAUCUGUCAAUUUACCUUUUAUUUUGUUCAACAAUCAACUGAUUCUAGUUAAAGUUUAUUCUUUUAGAAAAUUCUAUCCAACCUGUUAACCCCUUCAAAUUAUCAUCAUGUCCAACGAAAACAUGACUGAUUCUCUUGGUGUAUCAAUCGCCCUGGGCAUGAUUAAAACAGUGGUUUGUGCCUACGAUUUGAUGACCCUUCCCAUUUACACUGUUACCCAACAACCUUGGCUACGAAAUCAAUCCAAAAAUAAAAUCAGAGCCAAACCAGUUAAAGAAAAUAAUUGUUAUUCAGAAUGGAAAAGAGUUGAAUCUCCUCCCGAUCAUGAUAUAUUACAUGCGGAGACCAUUGAUUCAUUGUUCAUGACAACAUGUGACAAAUAUGGAGAUCGAAAGUGUCUUGGUUUUCGUGAAACUUUCGGUGAAGAAGAUGAGAAACAACCUGAUGGAAGAACUUUUAAAAAAUUGAUUCAAGGAGAUUUCAAAUGGUUUUCAUAUAAUGAAGUUAAUCAAAGAAUCAAUGAUGUUGCUCGUGGUUUAUUCUUGAGUGACCUUAAACCCGGUGAACCGGUCAUGAUCUUUGCCGAGACAAGGUUAGAAUGGUUUGUCAGUGCAAUGGCAGCAUUUAGACUCGGUGCAAGCAUUGCCACCUUGUAUGCCACUCUUGGAUUCGAGGCUCUAGUGCAUGGAAUCAACGAGACUGAAGUUUCACAUUUAAUCACAACUCAUGAUCUUCUACCAAAAAUCAAAUCUAUCGUGAAUAAACUGCCUCAUCUUAAGAAAAUCAUCUACAUCGAAGGUGUCAAGAAACCAGAUCUUAGUGGUUUUGGAUCAAUUGAGUUGAUCUCAAUGACCCAAGUGGAAAUGAAUGGAUCGUCAACUAAACAAAAUAUUCAAUUCGAACCACGAAAACCUGAUGAUCAAGCUGUCAUCAUGUACACAUCAGGAUCAACAGGUAUCCCUAAAGGUGUUGUCAUCACACAUAAAAAUAUUCUUGGAACCAUGAAGGGAUUUUAUGCUUUUGCUCACACUUUGACCCCCGAUAAUGUCUACAUGGCCUACCUUCCAUUGGCUCAUGUUCUUGAAUUAACUGCUGAAAGUUUUUUCAUCUCAAUGGGUAUUCCAAUCGGUUAUUCAUCUCCACACACCAUGACCGAUAAAUCAACUGCAGUUAAAAAAGGCUGCAAAGGAGAUGCGUCUGUACUUCAACCAACUGUCAUGGCCGCAGUUCCAUUGGUCUUAGAUCGUAUCAAAAAAGCCGUCACAGAAAAUAUUGAUUCCCAAGGGCCUUUUAUGAAGGGACUCUUCCGAUUUGCCCUUGAGUACAAACAAUAUUGGGUUAAAAAUGGAUUCCAAACUCCUCUUCUCAACAAAAUCAUCUUCAAUAAGAUUAGAGCCAUGGUCGGUGGUAAAAUUCAAUACAUGGUAGUCGGAAGUGCUCCUCUUGCUCCCGAUACUUUUGAUUUCAUCAGAAAUACUUUGAAUGUGAUUCUCAUCGCCGGAUAUGGAUUGACGGAAACUGCCGCAGGUGGUACCGUCAUGGAUUUCGACGAUUUCAGUGUAGGUCGAGCGGGUCCUCCUCUUUAUGGACUUUCGGUCAAACUAUCUGAUUGGGAUGAAGGUAAUUAUCAUCCUCGAGACAAACCAAAUCCACGAGGUGAAGUCAUCAUCGGCGGUGAUUGUGUGACCGCGGGUUAUUUUAAGAAUCCGACAAUGACGGAAGAAUUUUACAAAGUGGAAGAUGGAAAAAGGUGGUUUUACACAGGUGAUAUUGGAGAAAUUUAUCCUGAUGGAACAAUCAAAUUAAUCGACCGUAAAAAAGAUUUGGUUAAACUUCAAUAUGGAGAAUAUAUUUCACUUGGAAAGGUUGAAACUGAAUUGAAGUUAUGUCCGAUUGUUGAUAAUAUUUGCGUCUAUGGUGAUUCUUAUCACGAUUAUUUGAUAGCAAUUGUUGUUCCAAACGAAAAGGGUCUUCGCAAUUUAGCAAAAACACUUGACAGGGAACAUCUAAGUCAUUCACAACUCUGUAAAGAUCCUGUUAUAUUGGAAGUGGUUAAGAAAGCACUUUCUGACCGAGCAACUCAAGUUAAAUUGAAUCGAACCGAAAGACCUGCAAAAAUCUUACUCGUUGACGACGAGUGGACACCUGACAGUGGCCUGGUAACUGCAGCGAUGAAGAUUCGUCGGAAAAAUAUUCAAGAACGUUACAUUAAUGAGAUUAAUAGAAUUUACAAAACUCCAGUUUCUGGUGUUCAAUCAGCUUAAUUUUUUUCAAUAAUUUAAAUGUAUUAGUUUGUUCUCACCUCUAACAUCUUUCUUUCCUCUCAACCACUUCUCCAAUCAUCUUCAUCAUCCUUAAUCAUCAUUUGUAUCAUCUUCAGGUCAUUGUAACUACACACCAACUACACUCAAAGCAACUCUUUACACUUUUCUCAAUUCCUUUGGUGCUAAACAAAAUCCUGAUUUCGUCAUCACUUCUUACUAAUAGUUAUCAUCAUGAUGAUCUUUUGGUGAUAAGUUAUUUCUCUUGUUAAUUCUGUAUGAUUAAUUGUAAAAUCUCACAAGUUUAACGUUAAUUUCCUAAAAUUUUUCCUUCAAAUCAAAAAUUCAAAUACCAAACUUCAUCAACAAAACAUCCACCAUAAAGAAAACACCAACAUGCAGGAUCAAUUUAAUUAGCAUGUAAAACUUUUUAAAGAAACAAUUUAAUUUGUAACAUAUGAUAUGUAAUUUAAUUAGCUUUGUUUUAUUAAUUUAUGUUGUUCAAAUGGUUGUAAACACUAUUUAUGAAGAGAUAUCGAGUGUUGAUUAACUCUCUCUUCUCAAAUUGAUUGUAAUUGCAGCUCAUUGCGACUCCUUAUUAUGAUUGGGAAACACUCAAAAAAUCAAUGAAUUUGUGAUUAUAAAAUAAAUCAAUUGAUUAAUUUAA